UUCCACUUCCACGUGCCCCCGGUUAAGGAAGCCGUGACGCGACGCGACCGUCUCCGAUCGAGCCACCACCAUGGGCUUCAGCAUCCUCCCGCUGAUGGACUUCAUCGCGCGCCGCGCGUUCCUCGGCGCCGGCCUCCAGCCCCACACCAUCGCUCUCCCGUACGACGAUGGCAGCGAUGGCGGGCAGGGGCGGCGCACCAUCCACUACUGGGCGCCCCCGGGGGAGCCGCGCCUCCCGCCGCUGCUGCUCGUCCACGGCUUCGGGCCCAUGGCCACCUGGCAGUGGCGCCGGCAGGUUGGCCCGCUGUCCCGCCGCUUCCACGUCAUCGUCCCGGACCUCCUCGGCUUCGGCGGCUCCUCCUGCGGCUCCCCGGCGUCGCCCUCCGAGUCGGCGCAGGCCGCCGCGCUCGCCGCGCUCCUCGACGCGCUCCCGGGCCUCGCGGCGGGCGCGCGCGUAGCCGUGGCCGGCACCAGCUACGGCGGGUUCGUGGCCUACGCCCUGGCGCGCGCGGCGGGACCCGGCAGGGUCGGCCCCGUGGUGAUAUCCAACUCCGACCUGCUCAAGACGGCCGAGGACGACAGGGCGCUCCUCGAGCGCGCCGGCGGCGGGAUCGCGCGCACGGCCGACCUGCUCAUGCCGCUGGAUGCGCGCGGCGCGCGGCGGCUCAUGGAGCUCUCCUUCUACCGGAGGCAGGCCGUCACCUUGCUGCCGGACUUCGUGCUCCGGCAGGCCGUGCAGCAACUUUUUAGGGAUAAAAGGGAGGAGAAGAUUGAGCUGAUGAAGGCUAUCGCUGUUGGCACAGACGAGUUCAAACUGACACCCUUGUCUCAGGACGUCUUGCUCGUAUGGGGAGACCAUGAUCAGAUAUUUCCCUUGGAUAAGGCGUUUGACGUCAAGAGGUGCUUAAGCGAGAAUGUCAGACUGGAAAUCUUUGAGAAAACAGGCCAUGUGCCUCAGAUGGAGGACCCGGCCCGGUUCAACAAGCUUGUCUUGGAUUUCCUACUCGCACCACAAAAGCCUCCUUCAUUCGAUUCAACAGCAAGAUACGUAGAGGUUCAACCGGCCAAAUUGGUUCAGUUGACUGCUGAGUCGAAUCAGUAGCGUGUAGCAAGUUGAGAAAGUUCAGGGCUGCACGCAUAUGAAACGCUUCAAGUUAUUGUUCAGUCCUCUGAAGUGUAAACUUCUUGUUCUAUUUUCAAAUCCGUUUGAACU